AUGUCAGCCCCUCUAGGUCUCGCAAUCAUAGGUACAAACUGGAUCACAAAUUCGUUUGUGCAGUCAUCCCAUGAGAGCAAGAAAUUCCAGCUGAAGGCAGUGUACUCACGAAGUCUGGAUACCGCCAACAAAUUCGUCUCGGAGACCCCCUCCAUCAAAGAUGUUGCCGCCAUCAAAUUGUACGAUAACUUGGACACGAUGCUCUCCGAUUCGAACAUCGAUGUUGUAUAUAUUGCUUCUCCAAACUCACUUCAUCAUGAGCAAGGUUUGAAGGCGCUCGGUGCUGGGAAGCAUGUCAUCAUGGAGAAACCCUUUGCCUCCAAUAUCAAAGAGCUGGAGGCCCUUUACCAACUCGCCGACUCCAAGGGGUUGCUCAUUCUGGAGGCUUAUCGACACAUCCAAGAACCCAAUUUUCAGAAGCUGCAAAGCCUACUCAACGAUGAAAAGACCCGAACCGAGAAGUUCGGGCCAGUCUAUGGUGCCAGUCUCAACAUGGCCGUAUACUCGUCACGGUACGCCAAGGUGUUGGAGGGCGAGGAGCCAAACGUUCUUUCACCCAAGUUUAGUGGAGGCUGUCUGUGGGACAUGGGGUGCUACGUCGUCAUGUUCGCUCUGGCUCUCUUCGGAAAGCCUGCAAGCCAGACAUACUACCCUGCUAUCAUCCGCACUGGUGUUGAUGGCGGCGGUCACAUCAUCUUCCAAUAUUCGUCUCAGUCUUCGCAACACGAACGCGACUUUACGGUGCACGCUCACACCAGCAAGGUGUACACGUCGACUGCCCCUACCGAGAUCUACUGCGAGAAGGGCACCAUUAGGAUCAACGGCGGAACUGGCGUGACAGAUAUCAACACAGUGGAAUUUGUUCCCCGAGGAUCAAAGGAGGCUGAACAGCUCGGUGACACGAACCCCGAGUAUACUGGCUUCUUGAACUUAACCUGGGAGGCCAAGGAGAUUGGGCGGAUUAUUCAAGAAGGAGAUAAAGAGGCCGAGAGUCAUCUGAGGCAGCUAACCGUCAAUGUUCUUACGGUCAUGGAAGAUAUGAGGAGGGCGAACGGCAUUGUAUUUGAGUGUGAAAAGUAG